GUUGCUGAUCUCUUCCUAGAUAGAAACUGUGCAAAGAGUCUCCUUCAAUCCGGUGAGGACAGCCGUGCCGCCGACAAGCUCAGACUCGUUAUUAUCGCGUCCGGCCCAAUAGCAAAACCGCAGCAAACAUGGAUGAUGAAGCGAAGAAAGCCAAACAGGCGGACAUCGACCGCAAGAGGGCGGAAGUCCGGAAAAGAAUGGAAGAAGCUUCCAAAGCCAAGAAGGCCAAAAAGGGUUUCAUGACUCCGGACAGAAAGAAGAAACUUCGUCUGCUUUUGAGAAAGAAAGCGGCCGAAGAGCUGAAGAAAGAACAGGAGCGUAAAGCCGCCGAAAGGAGAAGAAUCAUCGAAGAACGGUGUGGGCAACCCAAGAAUGUGGACGACGCCGGCGAAGAGGAAAUUGGCGAGAUAUGCGAAGAGUUGUGGAAGCGGGUAUAUCACUUGGAAGGCGUUAAAUUUGAUUUAGAAAGAAUUAUCAGGAUGAAAGUUUUCGAGAUCAGCGAAUUGAACAGCCAAGUAAACGACUUAAGAGGAAAAUUCGUCAAACCAACUUUGAAAAAAGUGUCCAAGUAUGAAAAUAAAUUUGCCAAACUACAAAAGAAAGCUGCCGAGUUCAACUUCAGAAAUCAACUGAAGGUCGUGAAGAAAAAGGAAUUCACCUUAGAAGAAGAAGAUAAAGAGAAAAAGCCGGACUGGUCAAAGAAGGGCGAUGAAAAGAAGGGCGAAGGAGAAGAAGAAGGCGAAGACGAUAACAAGACGGACGACGGUCUGACUACUGAAGGCGAAUCGGAUGCGGGAGCUUUGACUGAUGCCACCGACGACCAUGGUCUAAGUGAUGCCGAAGUGAUCGAACCCGAACCAGAGGUUGAACCCGAACCAGAACCACAACCACCAUCUCCGGCACCCGAAGAACUUUGGGCGUACCUGAAGGACACGGUUUGUUCGAACAACCCUCUGAGCGUUGACGAUUUGGUCGAUAAACUCAUGACAGCCGUGACGGCUAUACCACAACCGUUGCUCAACUCGGUCGUCAAAGACACCAUCAAGAAACAACAGUCGGUGGACGAAGGACUCGAAGGUGGACCUCCAGCUGAAGGCGAUCCUAAUGCGCCAACGGUGGAUGGUACACCUGCAGAUUCAACUGCUCCUGCUGACCCAGCAGCGCCGACUGAUCCGGCUGCAGCACCAAAUGAUUCCGCUAUAAUUCCUUCUGCUGUCCCGACUGACCCUGCCGCAACUCCAACCGAUCCUGCUGCUGCUCCGGCUGAUCCCGCUGCAACUCCUGCAGAUCCUGCUGCAGCUCCUGCGGAUCCUGCUGCAACUCCUGCGGAUCCCGCUGCAGCUCCUGUGGAUCCCGCUGCAACUCCUGCUGAACCCGCUGCAGAUCCUGCUGUAGCUCCAGCUGUGAUUGAUGAAUCAGCCAAGUCUGAAGACACGCCAGCGCAGCCCGCCGAUACAGCACCAGCAGCGGAGACACCAGCAGUUGCUGCCGAAUAAUUCUUAGUUGAUCCAAUCCCAAACCGAGACUUUCAAUCGUGCAUCUUGUAAAUGUUUUGAUUAUAAAUUGACUGGACUGCUGAAAUAAUCGUUAUUGUAUAUUUUGAGCUAUUGGGUUAAUUUUAUUGUAAAUUUUACCAAUUGUGUAUUUUUAAUACUGUAUAAAAAUAUACCUAGUGUUCAACAAUCUACAAUAAAAGCCUAAAUACGUCAGGCUUUAUGUAUAAAGAAGAAAUGAUUAAAUGUAACAUUCAAUAUUCACACUAAA